AUGGUAGUGCGAUCUCGAGGUUUAGCAACAGCAGCAACAACAUCGUCGAAAUUGAGACCGACACCACCCAAGAAGACUUCGCGGGCAGAACAGCGCAAAUAUGAAUUCUACGACUUGAUCUUGCGCACCCCGUCGCAUCCAGUCCACCCCAUCGAGGCCAGCCUAAUGAGCGCGAAGCAGCUCGAGAAGUUGAAGUUGGCCACCAAGACCCGCUUCGAGGGCAACUACUCCAUCGACACCUCGAUGACACCAGAAGAACGCAUCCGGGUGGUGUUUGGCGGCCGCAUCAAGGGCGAAGACCGCCAGUCGUCGAGCCGGGUCGAGCGCGGCGAGUCGCGCGUGAUCGCUGGAGUCACGGUGCCGCUGAGACCACCGGAACCUGACAACUGCUGCAUGAGCGGAUGCAUCAAUUGCGUGUGGGAGCUCUUUGAAGAGGACUUGAAGGAGUGGAGCGAGAAGCGAGAAGAGGCGGCGCUGAAAUUGGUGGCUGCGGGACCUGCGGGUGGGAGAUGGCCCGAGCAUUUCCACGCGCCUUUGAAGUUGCUUGAUCGUGCGCAUUAUCCGGAGUCGCUCAAGGACAAGUCCGAUGACGAGUUGUUUGGCGGGGCUAAGGGACACCAGGGGAGCUCGAAAGCUGAAGAGGAUGAAAAGUGGGGGGAUGUGCCGGUGUCGAUUCGUGUGUUUGCUGCCACGGAAAAGAGAUUGAAGUUGAAGCAUAAGCAGGACGAGGGGGCACAACCGUAG